AUAAAAAUGCCUCCUAUUCCUCCUCCAACUUUUGUUGGAAGAAUAGCUUUUCAUCUGAAAUCUGAUGAUGAUUUCCGAACAGCUAUCGAUGCAUUUAUGGCAUCUUUUGCCGUGGUGGCUACCGUAUCCGCAUCAACUUCCAGCUUCGUUUUUGGAAUUCUUGCGAGUUUACUGACGAUUCUGAUUGCUUAUCUGUUCGCGAGAAAACGUGUAUUCACCAACAAAUCAAUUCUGAUGCCUGCUGCACUUUUGGGCUGUGCUGUAGCAGUGAGCCUGGCUUAUUCAGUAUCCCAUGAAGGAGAAGUAUUAGAACAUUUAUCCCAUUAUUUCUUGUUUCUCUCAAUGUUUCACUUCACCGAAUUCGUCUUCACAGCACUCACAAAUCGGCGAACACUGCGACCUGAUUCAUUUUUAUUGAAUCAUUCUGUUGGAUAUUGGUUGGCUGCUAGCAUUAGUUGGAUUGAAUUUUUGAUCGAGGCAUACUUCUUCCCAGAAAUCAAAAUGCGUGGGAUUCUUUGGAUUGGAACAUUAGGAUGUAUUAUCGGAGAAAUAUUUAGAAAAGUUGGAAUGGUUCAUGCUGGUUUGGCAUUCACUCAUCGAUUAGCAAUGACCAAAAGAUCAGAUCACAGACUUGUAAAAGAUGGAAUCUACGCUUAUUUGCGACAUCCUGGAUAUUUUGGUUGGUUCUUAUGGGCCGUUUCCACUCAAAUAAUCCUUUGCAAUCCUAUUUGCUGUGUGGUUUAUGCCUAUGUGACAUGGCACUUCUUCGCCUCCAGAAUCUAUGACGAAGAGAAGGAUCUGAUUUCGUUUUUUGGCGAUUCAUACGUGGAAUAUCAACAGAAUGUCUGGUGCGGUGUUCCAUUCGUUCGUGGGUAUCAAAGACCAUGAUUCUAAAUCAGAAUAACUUUAUUUGAAAUUUUUAAUUUUGAAUUUUAAGUUCUUUCAAUUUCCAUAUUUAUCUGUAUGCGUUUACCAUGUCGUUGCCACUGCAAGAUCUCAUUUGUAAUGUGUUUUAUAAUUUAUUUCAUUUUCUAAAUUGUUCAUAAAAAUUUUAUUGCCUGUAUUCAAUAUUUGCAUAAAAUGAAAAAUUCAUUAU